AUGUCUAGCUGGGCGGGACAGCCCUCCAUUAGGGGGAGCUCAGAGGCCAUGCGAAUGGUGCUCUUGACCUUCAAUACUCUUGGUAUCACCUUCACAUGGGGAAUUGAGAUGACCUAUUGUACACCAUACCUAUUGAAUCUCGGCCUCACAAAGAGCAACACCUCGCUGGUAUGGAUCGCAGGGCCAUUAUCGGGCCUCGUAGUUCAGCCUAUUGUGGGAGCUAUCGCGGACGAAUCCAAGUCGAAAUGGGGCAGGCGGCGACCAUUCAUCGUGAUAGGGUCAAUUAUCGUCGCAAUUAGCCUGCUGACCUUGGGAUUCACAAAAGAGAUUGUCGAGAUGUUUGUUUCGGACAAGGAGACUGCGCGAAUCUUCACAAUCAUCCUCGCAGUGGUGGCCAUCUACUUUGUGGAUUUUGCCAUCAAUGCUGUCAUGUCUUGCGCAAGAAGCCUGAUCGUCGAUACUCUUCCCAUUGAGAAGCAACAGACUGGCGCCGCGUGGUCUAGCAGAAUGUCCGCGAUUGGACACAUGCUGGGCUAUGGAGCCGGUGCCAUCGACCUGGUCGGCAUAUUUGGAAAGACAAUGGGUGAUUCGCAAUUCAAGCAGCUCACGCUCAUCGCCACGUUCUUGAUGCUCUUCUCUUCCGGAGUCACCUGCUGGGCUGUCACUGAGCGGGUCUUGGUGUCGACCAGACACGACCCCCGCAAAGCCACUGGGCGGUUCAAGGUCUUCCGCCAAAUUUGGUCGACGCUGCUCCACCUUCCCCCUCGGAUUCAGGCCAUCUGUUGGGCCCAGUUCUGGUCCUGGAUCGGCUGGUUCCCGUUCUUGUUCUACAGCACCACCUGGGUUGGCGAAACGUACUUUCGAUACGACGCUCCAGUAGAGGGCAAAGACUCCAAAGAUGCUCUUGGCGACAUUGGCCGCAUCGGUAGUUUGGCGCUGGUCAUCUACUCGACCAUUACCUUCAUAGGCGCCUGGCUCCUACCCAUGGUUGUCAAAUCGCCAGACGAUGACAACUUUACGGCUCGGCCGCCCCAAGCCAUUGCGCCAUUCCUCGAAAGAUUCAACAAGAACAAGCCCGAUCUCAUGACCGCCUGGAUAUGUGGCCAUCUCAUGUUCGCCGCGGCCAUGUUCCUGGCCCCUUUUGCGCAAAGCUUUCGCUUCGCAACCUUCCUCGUCGCCUUCUGCGGCUUAUCGUGGACGAUCGCCAUGUGGGCGCCGACGACCUUCCUCGGCGUAGAGGUAAACAAGCUCAGUGGCGCCCGCGAAGGAGGGAGCGGGACAGCAGCCUACCGCCGCCUUUCAAACGACUCCAACAUUGAGCUGCCCACGCUCGGCCAGGACCAACCACUCCAUCUGGAACACGGCCCUGACGAGGGUGGCCAGCAGACGACGUCAUCUACGGGCGAGCUGUCGGGCAUCUACUUUGGCAUACUCAAUAUCUACACGACCCUGCCGCAGUUUAUCGGAACCUUUAUAAGCACAAUUGUCUUCACCAUCCUAGAGCCAGGCAAGAGCCCCGAGUUGUCAGACGCACCCGAACACGAGCAGCACAACACCGACGGUCCCAAUGCUAUUGCUGUGUGUCUCUUCAUCGGUGCCAUUUGUGCGGUAGUGGCCGCGUUCGCCACGCGAAAGCUCAAGUAUCUCUGA